AGAUGCUAGCCUCUGAUUCGGCACUGUUGUCAUACCCAGAAAUGGAAGAUUCCAGCUGUGAACAUUCCUUGGAAGAGCAGUGUGUUGGGCAUCCUGGGAAGGAGAUGGACCAUCCUGGACACCCUGGGAAGGAGAGUGACAGCAGGGAGACCCAGACAUGGGCCUGCAGCAGGAAACAUACGACAAAACACACCGGUGAGAAACCCUACAUAUGUGGGGAAUGUGAGUACAAGACAACUAACAAAUCUCACUUAUCCCGACAUAUGAAAAUUCAUACAGGAGAAAAACCCCACAAGUGUGACCAGUGUGACUAUUCUGCAUCGCAUAAAAGCAAUUUAAACCGGCAUAUAGCAGCAAAGCACACUGGUGAUAAACCCUACAUGUGGGAAAAACCCUUCACGUGUGACCGGUGCGACUAUUCUGCUGCACAGAAAUGUACUUUGGACCGACACCUAAUGACACACACAGGUGAGAAACCCUACAUGUGUGGGGAGUGUGGGCAUAGGACAGCCGAAAAGUCUGACUUAGCCCGACAUAUGAGGACGCAUACAGGUGAAAAAACCUAA